CGGCCAGCACGCACCCCGGCGCCCUCUGUGUGUGCUGCUGCCAUGCCAACCGCACGGCCUCGUCUGCACUUAGCGUACGCACCAAGGCUGUGGGCACCAUGGGUGCUGUACCACGCCCACCUGCUGCUGCUCGCGUGCCUGGCCUAUUGUCCUGCCUCGCACGCACAGCCAUUCGACCGCAACCAGCUCAGAGCAGCGGUGGCGGCAGCAACAGCGGCAACACAGCCGGGGAGUGGGGCCAUCACAUGCGGUACCGGAGACGAGAUGGGGAGUGCUGGAGCCGAGCUGAGAUGGCAUGCUAUGCCGGGCACGGGCGCACAGUGCAUGCACAGUCACAGGCGCAGGCUCAGGCUGAGUCACAGGGGCAAUCAGAGGCAAAGCAGGAGUCAGAGGUGCUGGUGCGCAAGAUGCAUGAGUACCAGCGGUACCGGCGGGAGUGCCUUCACAGGGAGCCCCUGCAGCAGCUGCGCGCCACACUGCUGGCGGGCAAUGGCAGCGAGUGCCGGUACCUGGUGUGGCAGCACAACCCCGACGGCCACGGAAACCGCCUGCUCUCCCUCGUCUCUGCCUUCGCCCUCGCACUGCUCUCCCGCCGCAUCCUCCUGCUCGCCCGCCCCAACGGCCCUGCAGCGCUUCUCUGUGAGCCGUUUUCUGAGGCGGGCGAGGGGCCGGAGGGGUCGUGGGUGCUGUUUCCCGGGGAGGGCGUGGAGGAGGAGAUGAAGGCAUGGAGCUUGUUUGCUGAGAAGGGGGUUGAGUGGAGCCAGGCGUGGGAGGUGUGCCAGCAGCAGCAGCAGGGUCAGCAGCAGGAGCAGCAGGGGCAGCAGGAGGUGGAGCAGCAGCAGGGGAAGAGGGAUGGAGAUGGUAUGGGUGGAGACAUUAGGAGGCGGUUGCUGUCUGUGGCUCCUGAUGCACCUGCACCACAGUCGUCCACUCCCCCAUCCCUGCCAUCCCCUCUCAGCAAUACCUCCGAUCAACUUCCACCACCGCUGCCACCGCCGCCACUGCUAUCACUGGCUGCUGCUCCUGGGGCUGACAGCAGUGCGGACGCACAUGAUGCAGAGUGCACCGUUCCACCCAUACUGCGAGUGGAUCUCUUCCACCACACGCCCCCACCAGGCCUUCUCUUCUUCUGUGACGUUCACCAGCGCUGGCUGGCCCGAGCGCCCACGCUGCUGCUCUCGUCCAACCAGUACUUCCUCCCUGCGCUCUACCUCCUCCCCUCCUUCCGCCGCGCCCUGCUGCUGCUCUUCCCCACGCACCGCCCCUUCCACUCACUCGCCCGCCUGCUGCUCUUCCCCUGCAACCGCAUCUGGGCGCGCCUCACAGCACGCUUCCACGCGCUGCUCGCACCGCUGCCGGGCAGGGUGGGCGUGCAGGGGCGCUUCUUGCACUACUGGGACGCGCAGCGCGUGAGGGAGAGGACACUGGUCCUGGGGCACUGUGCUGGGGAGGCGGUGAGCAGGCAGCUGGCAGGGCAGCCUGGGGCUGCUGCCGUGAGUCGCAGCGCCGAUGGUGCUGCUGAUGCUUCCAGUGGUGCUGCUGCUGUGGGCGGUGCAGAGGCAGCAGGGGGGGUGGCAGCAUCAGUGAUGGUGGCAUCGCUGAAUGCUCACUUCGCUCACAACCUCUCCCGUUUGCUGUCCAACCAUCUGGGGUACCCCGUGCACGUGAGAGGGGCUGUGGAACCUGCUGGCAGCAGCACCGGUAGCCAAGAAUCAACACGAGCAGGCACAGAGACGCCUGACAGCAGCAGCAGCCCAGUGGAAGGUGGUGCGCUCAGUGGCAACAGCACCACCAGUGGUGACAGCAGCAGCAGCAGUGGGGGCAGGGCGGAGGUGGAGGUGGUGCAGCUGACGGAGGAGGAGCAACAGGACAACAGCGAUGGGCGUAACGUGGAUGAUGCCAUCAUCGACCUCUUCUCCCUCGCUCUCUUCUCCCACUCCCUCCUCCUCUCCCCCACCUCCACCUUCGGCUACCUCAUUGCUGCCCUCGCCCCCCACACCCCGGCCCGCUUUGCCUCCUCCUCCUGCCCGCCUGCCCCUCCAGAGCCGUGCUACCACCACCCCCCCACCCAGGACCAGUGCCCUGACGGCCAGCCACUGCUGCUGGAGCGGGCCGUGGCUGCGAUGCCCCACCUGCCUCUCAUGCGCUGUGCUGACCUCUCACUGGGGCUCGCUCUCAACACUGCCGCUGCUCCUGCUCAUCAUCCUGGGCAGUAG